UCCCUUCAGUGUCGUGGGACGACGUUGGUGGCUUUGAGGAAACAAAAAGGCUCAUCAUUGAGAGCAUUGAGGCAAAUCUGCAAGGCUCUCGACUGCAAGAGGUCGGGCAUUAUGUUGUUCGGACCGCCUGGAUGUGGAAAGACGCUCAUCGCCAAGGCUGUGGCAACGGAAUUCAAAAUCGCCUUUUUGAGCGUCAAAGGACCCGAACUCCUAAACAUGUACGUUGGUCAAAGUGAAGAGAACGUGCGUAAAGGGAGGGUUUUUGAAAGAGCACGACAAGCUUCGCCAUGUGUAGUGUUUUUCGACGAGAUCGACUCACUCGCUCCUAAUAGAGGUCGCAACGGAGACGCGGGCGGAGUGAUGGAC